CCUUAGUUUCAGUUUUUCAAAGCCUGAUGAAACUAGCCAGGCCAGCUAAGCCUGCAGCUUCAAUACCCAUUAUGGGAGCAAAUAACGUAUUUGUACAACCUAUACAUUUGCUUAAUUAAACGCAAAGCAAGGCAGUGAUUCCUGACAGGGCUGAACUUAAGUCAAGUUGUGAAACUCCACAGUGCAGCCAGAAGCAGAGACGGACAAUUGAACUGAAAACUGGGAACACGUCAGGGGCGCUGGACCACUGCUUCUCGGCCACUUUAUUAUGAAGAGUGGAACUCAUGAAGGUUAGUAGCAUUGUGCACAGCUAGUUGAUAGAAGACCCAGGAUCCUGGAGGCACGUGGAUUCACCAGUGUCUUGCUUCAGAAAUUAGCAAGAGGACCUCGGACCCCAGGUGAAACAGAAGAAAUGGAAAAUCCCCUGUAUGUCUCUAUCUUCUUGUUUUUGUGCAUCUUGAUCCAAUCAAGUGCUCAUGGACAAAGCCUGAGACCAGAGUCAUUUGGAAGGAGAUCUCGAGCUGCUGAAACAAACAAAAUAUCACAGGAGACAAGAACCAGAUUUCUGCUCUUUAGAGGAGAAACCGAUAAGGGCUGUCAGAUUCGGCUCAAUCACUCAGACACGUUACAGCAGUGUGGCUUCAACUCCUCGCUGCCGCUGGUGAUGAUAGUCCACGGGUGGUUGGUGGACGGCAUACUGGAAGACUGGAUCUGGGAGAUGGUAGCCGCACUGAAGUCUCAGCUGGCCCAGCCAGUGAACGUGGGGCUGGCAGAAUGGGUCACCCUGGCUCACAACCACUACACCACUGCCGUCCGCAACACUCGCCUCGUUGGCCAGGAGAUCGCAGCUCUUCUCCAGUGGCUGCAGGAAUCUGUUCAAUUUUCUCCAAGCCAUGUUCAUCUAAUUGGGUACAGCCUGGGUGCACAUGUCUCAGGAUUCGCUGGCAGUUACAUGAGCAGAAAGCACAAGAUUGGAAGAAUUACAGGGCUGGAUGCUGCAGGCCCUUUGUUUGAAAAAGCCUCCCUCAGUGACCGGCUUUCACCAGAUGACGCCAAUUUUGUGGACGCCAUUCACACCUUUACCUGGGAGCACAUGGGCCUGAGUGUGGGCAUCAAACAGCCCAUAGCACACUAUGACUUCUACCCCAAUGGGGGUUCCUACCAGCCUGGAUGCCACUUCCUAGAGCUCUACAAACAUUUUGCCAAGCAUGGCUUAAAUGCCAUCACCCAGACCGUCAAAUGUGCCCAUGAGCGGUCAGUGCACCUCUUCAUCGACUCCUUGCUGCACGCUGACAUGCAGAGCACGGCCUACCUGUGCAGGGACAUGGACAGCUUCAGCCAAGGCCUGUGUCUGAGCUGCAAGAAGGGUCGUUGCAACACGCUGGGCUACCACACCCGCCAGGAGUGGCAAAGCAAGAAGAGCAAGAGCCUCUUCCUGGUGACUCGAGCCCAGUCCCCGUUCAAAGUUUAUCAUUACCAGUUCAAGAUUCGGUUCAUCAACCAAACUGAGAACCCUGUAGAACCAACUUUCACCGUGUCAUUCCUCGGAACAAGAGGGGAGAGGCAGAAGAUCCCCAUCACUCUGAGCAAAGGAAUUACUAGUAAUGAAACCUAUUCCUUUCUAAUAACAUUGGAUGUGGAUAUUGGGGAACUGAUCAUGAUCAAGUUCAAGUGGGAAAACAGCAUGGUGUGGUCCAAUGUCUGGAAUACAGUCCAAACCAUCAUCCCCUGGAGAAGAGAGUCCCUCCGCUCAGGCCUUGCUCUGAAGAGCAUCCGAGUCAAAGUGGGAGAAACACAGCAAAGAAUGACAUUUUGCUCAGAAAACAUGAAUGAUCUAGUACUUCACCCAGCCCGGGAGAAAACCUUUGUGAGAUGUGAAGCAAACUCUGAAACACUGAAACGAAAGAUCAGAUGAGCUUUAAUGAAGACCCAGUGUGAAGAAUAAAUGAUUUUAUACCUUA